AUGAGUACACCCUAUGACAUUGGACCUGAUGAUCUCCACCGGUUCAUAAAUGAUGUCAACGAGAAUGUGGCACGCGACGACACAACAGAUUUUAAAAAAUUGAUACUAUAUUUGUUCGGUUUCUCGCAUCGCUUGCUAAAUGACCUCUUCAAUCAGCCUCACAACUCCGAGUUGUUUGCUCUUCUGGAAAAACUUCUAUCAACUGUGGAACUAGUUCUAUCUAAGAAAAAAUAUCUUGUGAAUACUUCAUUGACGCCGCAAGACCUUCAGAUUGUUGUUUCAAAAGACAGCCCUUUGCUUCCUACUCAACCUGAAAUCCUUCUCUACGAAUGGGCGUUGACUUUUGCAGUGACAUGGCUUGAAAAGCUUUGUAUUCAUUUACAGGCAGCAAACAUGAUCAAAUGCUUUUUGUUGGAGCUCACCCACAUCAUUGCUGUCAAUUUACAUUCCUUCAAAUUGAAAAGAACACUACGAAAUUUCUUGCUCGCUCUAUUGAAUGAUAAUGUCCAAAAAUUACUUGGGACAGUAUCUCAGAGUCAGUCUCAUGAUGAGUCCUCAGAUUUGGGUUCAUCACGUUUGGCCCUAACUAUCCAUAUUUUCACAGUCAUCAAUGACUAUGAGGUAUCGCAAAGAUUGUUAUUGCGAUCCCCAGACUUUCAACAAAAGAUCGAGGGUAAUGCAAGAAAAGUCGCAUUUAUUUUGACUUCAAGGAUGGUUACAAAGAAUGUGAAUGACUCCGCACAUGGACUUCUCUUUAACUGCCAUUCAAUGUUUCUUUUGAACUUAUGCAGCAACAUCAGCGUUGAUUCAAUGAUCAGAUGGAGUAGCGUGUCUUUUGUGUUACUGUUUAUUCACGAAUACUGUUGCUUGUUUCAGCUGACAAGAUUGCAGCCCACAUUUAACUCCGUCAGUUAUGAUAGGGUUGUUUGCUUAUGCCUUAUGAAGGUCUAUCUCUACUGUCGGAAGAAAAACUUGACACAAAGUUUUUUUCAGGCCUUUCCCAUGGCCAUUUUUGAUUUGAAGAACCCUAGCGACAGUUCCAUAAAUCAUUACCCGCAUUUUGUUCUCAAAUUGUUGCAUCUAAUGGGAUCACAGCAGUCAAUAUUGUUCGAGCCCGGCCAAGACUUGCAUUUCUACUCACUCGCAUCGAUUCCAUUCUCGGAUCUGGAGUUGGAUGAGUUGAGAUCUCGAAUUUUAAAUGAGCAGAGUUCUCCUCAUUUUGUGAAGCUAGAUUUCUUGUUGGAAGAUACAAACGCCAUGUCGCGCGUAUCAGAACCGAAAUUCAAUCAACCAAUUAUUAAGCCAUGGUUGGAACUAGUUCUAAAUUUACUCCGUAAAGACACAGAGCCGGGCGGUCUGAGUCCUUUAGAAGACAGUUCGUCAAUUUAUACUUUCAUAUCGGCAGUCAGAAAUGCCUCUUGUCUUAUUGCUGGUCAGUAUGAUCAAGAAGAGAACAUUUGCAGGGUCUGCAUCACAAUGUCAAAAAAGAAUGUGUUCGCUCACGUUCUGCCUACCAGAAGACUUGUCUCUGAGCUGAAUGAGGCGAACUUAUUGUACAAACGGGUAUAUUGUGAGUACUUACUUGAUACUAAAAGGGAAGAUUUAUUGGAGAAUAACAUGCUCGCUUCGAAUAUGCUUCUUUCUAUGCAUUGCUUUUUGUCUUCAUUUCGGAUCACAACGAAAGAGCUAAUGGGCGAGGAACCGUUGCUCAAGUUUGUGUUGCAUUGUGUCACACAGACCCGGAAUAGGGAUGUCAGAAUAUUGGCGGCCCGAGUAUUGCCUCUAUUUUUAAUCAAUGAUCAUGACCAGAAUCUUGAGAUCGUGUUCAAGAAAAUCUUCAUGGCGGUCUCUAAUAUUGAUUUGACUUCUCCUUCCAGAAUUUGCAUGGCGGAGUCGUCCUUCAUGGCAUUGGCGAAUUUAGCUAUAGUGGUAGAGGGCGAGUGGCUUUGUGUUUGCUUCAUAAAGCUCAUUGAUUCUCUAGGCGAAAGCAACGAACAGCAUGUCAACCUUGCCUACAACUCAUUACUUUAUGUGGCCUCAGCAAGAUCUCUAACCCCUUACAAACUUUUAUCUCCUUUUUUACCAAGCAUUGCUGAAAGAAUCAUAAAAAGGGAGAGAAUGCUCACGAAGCUUACCGAACUCCUAGGUGUCUCGAAAAGGUUUUUCUUGAGCAAUACAAGAAACUAUACAACACCUCGCUUUUUGGAAUAUUACAAGCACGAUUUUGUUCAAGAAAUUGCCGAGGCUUCUAAUCUCACAAAGCUCAAGCUUAUCUCAAAAACCCUACCAAGAAUAAUGGCAACUUAUUUAUGUAAAGAUGAAUCUAUCGAUGCGAAAUACAUCGUGAACGUUCUCAGCAACACGAGUCCAAGCUACAAUAAAGUCACAACUUCAGAUUUGAUACCAAAUAUUGGAGAGAUUCUCUGGUAUGUGUUGUUGCAAAUGCAAAUGGAUGAUGACGGUGUUAUUGCAAAUGAAAAGCGAAUUCGGAGUGCUAUCAUAUACAUAGCUAAGAUCAAUUGGCUCCGAAGACCCGAAAACGACAUUUCUACAAAAGCACCAAAUGAGGACGAAUUUGACUACAUCAAGUACAUAUUCAAAGAGCAUGUGUUAGAAUUAGUCCAACGAUUCUCCGAAGAUGUGCAUCAAAUGAAAGGAAUAAAGCCGUAUCUUGAGAAAGUGAGCGCGAUAAAAGCCAUUCAAUUUAUAAUACAGCACAACACUGAGGCAGCCUCCUGGGCUUUGGGGCAGAUCUCGACUUGUUUACAAGCAGCGAUGGAAAAUCGUGCUCUAGAGUACAAUGCUCUCCAGUGUUGGAAAGAAUUGGUCCUGAGACUCGAAUCUCGAAACUUGGUAUCUUUGUUCGAUAUCAGCAUUUCGAUGAUUUUUCAAAAGUUCCAGCUGUUUUCGUACAAAUCGAAGCUUAAAGCAGCCGAGAUUCUCGAAAUUAUUUUCGAAGAGAUCAGGACAAAGUAUAAGAAGUACGUUCCAUACUAUUACUCGUAUCCUUUUGUGAAAGACUUGGACUCCUAUUUCAUUUUAAAAACCUCUGCUGUGUCCAUGCUGGACUUGAAAAGUAAAAUUGCGUUUUUUCCCGAAUUGAGCAGGAGACUUCAAACUGGUAAUAAGGUCAUCGUGAAUCAAGCUCUCGAUGAUUUGAUUAACUCGGCACAUGCGCACCAACUUUCGUGGCAAAAAGAGAGUUUGAGAGAUGAUACCCGCGAGAAAGAGGUCUCAAUGCUAGUUAGAACAAUCUUAGACGUUUCUGUUCACUUCAGGACCAAAGAUCUGUCUAUCUCAGCUAAAUGCGCGAAAUUUCUUGGCUGCCUCGGUUUUCUUGAUCCAAACAAGUAUGAGUUCAAGACCGUGAAAAGCCAAAUUAUUGUCUUGUACGAUUUUCAUGAUUAUCGUGAGAAUUCAAAAUUCUUGAUUGAUUUCAUUGAGAGCAAGGUGAUAAAAAUUUUUUGGGCUUCAAAUGAUCCCAUGAGACAAUUAUUCUCGGUCUACUCUAUGCAAUGCUUCUUGGCUGUUUUAGGUUUAGAUUCCUCGAUUUUAGAGCCUCCUUCUCAAGGAAUACGCACAGAUGUUUGGAACACUUUUUCUGAAACUAAUAAGUCGACUCUCAUUCCACUCUUGUCCUCAAGAUACUUUGCACAAACGCCUCGAUUUGAGCCUUUGACCUACCCUUACUAUAAACCAGCUAUGAAGCAUGAGAAAUGGUUAGUGGAUAUAACAACAAAUUUAUUGCGUCUGCCUUUUCCUGAAACUGCCAGUGGACGCAGGGGCUCUAACUCCAAAGAAGUCAUUUUUCAGACAUGCUCCAUGCUCAUUAGAGAUCAAGAAAUCUCAAUUUCACAACACCUUCUUAAAUACGUUGCUCUGAGCCAUAUUCUCACAAACAACACAACUGUUUCGGACAACAUAAUGCUUGAGUUUUUGGAGAUCUUAAAGAUUGACUCGAGAAUGGUUGUCGGCUCAGAGCGAGCUGAAAAUUUGAAACUAUGCUACCAGAGUGUGUUUGAAGUUAUCGAUUACUUUAAUGAAUUAGUCUCAUCUGCCACGCAAAAGUUAAGUGAUUCACUGCUUUCCUCAUCUGAAGUUGCACACCUUGAACAAUGCCGUUCCCUGAUCUCCCAAUUUCUUGAUAAAAUUCCGACCGAAUUGAUUGCCGUGACAUCAUCCGUUUGUGAUUCAUAUGAACGAACGAUUUUGUAUCUAGAAAAGUAUUAUCGCGAAAAUGAGGCAAAUGACAGUCAGGCUGAACUCAAUAUCGCUGGCACUUUGCAAUCGGUUUAUUCUAACAUCGAUGAUUACGAUUCUCUUGAUGGUGUCUUGAAAAAGUUUACUUCGGCUAAUCUUAGCGAGAAAUUGUCGACCUUUCAAUACAACGAGAAUUGGUCUAUAGCCCAAGAAUCUUUCCAAGUCUUAAGUACUAAUGGUGAAGCAAAGGAUCAAGAUCUGUUUCUUGCGAAACUUCUUAAAUCAUACUCUGACCAUGCUCUUUAUGAUCGAGCACUUUUGACUCUUGAUUCCCGCCUCGGCGAAACAACUUUCAGCACUCUUCCUAUGGAGUGGGCAGAAGUUGGAUUAGAAGAGUCUCUUGUAUCAGGUAAUUUAGAGCUCAUUAAGAAAUGGCUGUAUAUCAUGGGUGCAAUUGGCAUCCCACACACUGUUCAAGGCGACGUAAAGAACAACUUUGCCAGCGGUGCGCUAGCAGUAGCAUCAGGAGACCUGGCCGAAUUUGACCAGAGUCUUGGCGAUAUUUACAGCAUUAUUGGAAACUCUUUGUCGCUGUCAACAUCCUCUUCAUUUUCGAAAAACUCAACUUUAAUGCGGCAACUACACUUGGCUUUCGAUGCAGAUUACAUUGCGAACUUCGUCAAAUCCCAUUCUGCGGAGGAAUCGGAUAAUAUUGACAUAAUUUUGGAUGAAAGGCUACAAAACACCGAUCUUGAGUUUCUGACCCAAUGGCAAAUUCUUUCCAUGCAUAAAUUGUUCAAUGGCAUUACCGACCGCCAAAGCAACAAUUCAAGGAUAUUCAUUAAAUUGGCGAAAGCGGCCCGAAAUGAUAGGAGACUUGACAUUGCAACGAAAUGCAUCAUGAAUGCCAUGAUUCUUAACAACCAAGAGGCUUCUACAGAGUACGCUUAUCUUCUUUGGGAUCAAGGGAAAAGGGCUGAUGCCAUCAAGACCCUCGCCGAUAACCUUAACCAUGGUGAUCACAAAAAGAAGGCACGAGGCCAGCUUCAGUACGCAUUAUGGCUUGAUGAAGCAAGUCACACGUCAUCGACAACUAUCAUCGAAGAGUACGCAAAGUCUUUUAGACUUGAUGCCAAUUGGGAUCGACCUUUCUUCGAGCUUGGAAAGUAUUUUUCUAAACUCGCGGACUCAAAACAGGACAAAACAGGUCAUUUCGAGCGUCUUAUAAUCAAACAUUAUCUACACGCGUUGAAGUUGGGAACUUCAUACAUAUAUGAAGCGCUUCCUAAGCUCGUAACAAUAUGGUUGGACUUUGCGCAAAUUUCUCAUAAAAAUCGAGAUUCUAUACGAAAGCUCGAGCAAAUUACCCUGGAGCUUGCAAAGCAAGUAAAUGAGGUUCCCUUGUAUGUAUGGUAUACUUGUAUCACUCAGUUGUUAUCAAGAAUUACCCACACAGACACCUCUACUUUUAACAUUAUGAGUCUGAUAAUUGGUAAGCUCAUCGCUUCCUAUCCAAAACAUACUCUAUGGUAUGUCCUUUCACACAUAAAAUCGAAGGAUCCAAAGAGAAAAGAGCGGGUCCUAAAAGUUAUGGCAGCAUCAAGUGCCUCCAAUGAGAUAUUAGGAAAAAACAUCAAUGAUGCCAAGGAGCUUUUUGAGAUGCUAGAGGGUUUGGCUGCAACCAAUGUCAAAAAAAAGACAAAGAAGAGAUUCACUCUUAGUGGUGACUUCAACUUCAAAAAUACAAAGAAACCGUACAGUUCUUUGGUCAUACCAGUGAAAUCGAAUCUAGAGAUAAGAAUACCAGCGACACAUCCGUACAUGACUGCGGAAAAGGAGCCGAUCGGAUGGAAAGCCUUUCCAAAGUCAGCGUCGAUCACAUUUGAUGGAUUUGAUGAAGAAGUUCACAUCUUUCAGUCAUUACAACUGCCGAAACAAAUUACCAUUCGUGGCACAGACAACAAACCUUACAGAAUUAUGGUAAAAAGAGAUGAUACGAGAAAGGAUGCCAAGGUGUUCGAAUUUACAAAUAUGAUAAACAUGUUGUUGUCAAAGGUGGCAGAUGCGAGGAAGAGAAAUCUUGUAAUCGAGAAUUAUUCAGUGAUACCCCUAGCUGAAGACAUGGGUAUCAUUGAAUUCGUGCCAGAUGUUGCCACAAUGAAAUCGGUGAUCAUUUCUCAAUUGAAGAAGGAGGGUCGACCUUUUGAUGAGCGCAGUAUUUUUCGCAAGCUAGAUGAUGCUCAAAAAGUGCUCAAAGCCAACAAGAGCUCAGACGAUUAUGCCAAAGAGAAUCUUUUGAAAUUAUUCCAGAGCAUUUGUGAGAAGGCUAGUCCAAUUUUACAUCAGUGGUUCAUUAAUCAAUUUUCUGAACCAGCUUUUUGGUAUCUCGCACGUAAGACGUACACUAGGACGGCAGCUGUCAUGUCAAUAGUUGGCUACAUCAUCGGUUUGGGCGAUCGUCAUUGUGAAAACAUUCUUUUCUUCAAGAAAGGUGGCGCUGUGUUGCACAUUGACUUUGAUUGUUUAUUUGACAAAGGCGAAUCACUCCCCACUCCGGAAAUUGUUCCAUUCAGAUUGACACAAAAUUUGGUCGAUGCCAUGGGAAUAACUGGUAUCGAAGGUUUGUUUAGAAUCACCUGCGAAGUCACUGGGGCUCUUGUCCGUGAAAACGAAGCCUCACUUAUGAAUAUUUUAGAGACUCUCAUUUACGAUCCCUUGUUAGAUUGGAGAACUCAUCGGAAACCGCAAGACCAUUUAAUGAAAGUGAGAAACAAAAUCAGAGGCCUUCUAGACAAAAAUGGACUCGCAAUGAAUGUUCAUGGUCAAGUGGAUGUUUUAAUACAGCAGGCGACCUCGGAGCAGAGUCUAUCACAAAUGUAUCCAGGGUGGGCAGCAUAUCUUUGA